UCUAUUAUCUAUGGUUUCUUUAUAUGUUUGAAUAAGAAUGUCAAAGUAUGUUUUGAUUUCUAAUGAAUUUGUGAUUCCCGUUAUCAAUUUGUGAAGCGUCUGUGAAUUUCAAAAGUUGUGAUGAAACAGUGUAUUUUUAUCGUAAAUAUGAAACAUUUUGUUCGUCAUUUUUCUUUUAGUGUUAAGUCCGUAGAUACCAUUCAUUAAAGCAUUAAAGUUAUCUUUAUUUCCUGAAUUAUGUCGAACAAUAAACCACAAAGACAUUGUCGUAUAUCAAACUAUAAUUACAAAACUUCAAAGCGAUAUGUUAUUCCAAAAACUGAAGAGUUGGGUACAAAAUGGUCAAAUGGAAUCAGUAAUAACACAUUAAGUACAACAGAUAAUAAUGAUCGAGUGUGCAGCAACCACUUUGAAAAAGAAUGCAUCCAAGUGGGAAUAUCCACAGACAAAUAUAUGGAUAUCAUUUUUAUAAGGAAUGUUGUAGAUUUCAAACAAGAGAGUGAGGAAGAAUGUGUUUUUCUUCAAAAAGAUGUCUCCACUUUAUAUCAAGAGCCAAAAGUAUUAAAGAAAAUAAAAGUAGAAGCAGAUAGAUUCUCAGAGACAGAGUUGCAAGAAUAUAAAAAUUCACAUGUAAAAAUUCCAAGAAGUGAAUACCACCCUACAAAACAGCAAAAGGCUGAAGUUGUGCAUAACAACAAUGAUAGUCAACAAGAAUUAAGACAAGAAAUGUGUAUUAUAUGUGCAUAUAGCAAAGCCCGGGUAAAUAUUGACCAUUUGGUUAAGCAUAUCCNCACUGUUCUAGUUCCAAAUGAUACAGGUGUACUCUUGUAA